GAGUGAUCUAUGGUAACUAAGUUUCAAAGGAAGAAGAAGCAUUUGCUACAUUUACAAAACUGAUUCAUUCUGAUAGGAAAAUAUUUUUAUAUACAAUAGAAAUCGAUACGUAAUUGCAGUUAAAAUCGUUUAAAGCAUACGGGAAAAGCUUGGAAAAAAGGAAAACAAAUUCCCUGAUAGACGAUUACCGCAGUGACUAAUCCAUUGCCCACUUCUCUUACACUCGAAAUAUUAGAAAAUGUGGAAAGCCACAGCAGGUCUGCAACUUCAGAAUACUCAACCGGAAGAAGAUGACGAUUGGGAAACAGAUCCAGAUUUUGUAAACGAUGUCAGUGAACAAGAGCAGCGAUGGGGAUCGAAAACGGUUGAGGGAAGCGGACGAACAGCCGGCGCCAUUGAUAUGGAUAAAUUGCGUUAUGAAACUGAAAAAGCUGAUAAAGACAAGAAGAAAAAAGAUAUAGAGGAGCAAAAUCCCGGAUAUGGCUAUGGUGGAAAAUUCGGAGUUCAAACAGAUCGAAUGGAUAAGUCAGCGGUCGGACACGAUUAUCGUGCAACUGUGGAAAAACACGCGUCACAAAAAGACUAUAGCGAAGGAUUUGGCGGAAAGUUUGGCGUGCAGAAAGAUCGCGUGGACAAGUCAGCAGCGGGGUGGGAUCAUAUCGAAAAAGUAGAAAAACAUGCCUCACAGAAAGACUAUGCGACCGGUUUCGGAGGAAAAUUUGGUGUACAAUCCGAUAGAGUAGACAAAUCGGCUGUGGGCUGGGAUCAUGUUGAAAAGGUUGAAAAGCACGAGUCACAGAAAGAUUACUCAAAAGGCUUCGGCGGCAAAUUUGGCAUACAAGAGGAUCGCAAGGACAAAUCAGCCAUGGGCUGGGAUCAUAAAGAGGAACCACAAAAGCAUGAAAGUCAAAUAGAUCACAAAGUUGGUUUCGGAGGUAAAUUUGGCAUACAAAAGGAUCGUAUGGAUAAAUCUGCUGCUGGUUUCAAUGAUAACGAAAAACAUCAGAUUGGAACAACAUACACUAAAGUGAAACCGAAUAUCGAAGGAGCUAAGCCAUCAAACUUACGUGCUAAAUUUGAAAACUUCGCCAAAAAUUCUGAAGAAGAAACACGGAAGAGAGCUGAGGAACAAAAGCGAUUGCGCGGUGAAAAAGACCGCCGUGAUCGUGAGGAGGCAGCUAAGCGAACUGUAAUUGAAAAUACGCCACUUCCAGCAGCUGAAGAAGCACGAGCACCUCCGCCAAAGGGCAGUCGAUCCUCGAUUUCGACGGGUCGGGAAGGCGGAAUCAGCAAUGCAAUUAGUGCAUUCAAUCAAAUGCAAUCUCCCACUACAGAAAGCGCUCCAGCUGUACGCAAAGAACCCAUAACCAUUCCAAAAGCUAAACCGAUUCAAGAAUCAAAGCAUGUGGAAGAGAAACAAGAAAUUCAACCGAACUUUAAUAGUACGCAGAAAAAUGUCACCACGACAGCACCCCCACCCGAUGUUAUACCAUCAAUUGAAAUACAUAGUGCAAUAACACCACCACAAUUAUCGUCACCAGAAGUACCACCUCAAGAGCCAGUUUAUGGCAAUAGAGAGAACGUCGAGCAGAACCAACAGCAACAAAAUCCGCAAAUAGAAGAGCAAGGGGCAGCAAAAGCAAAGAAAGAAGUAGAAUACGCAACGACAAUUGACAAUAAUGCCGCUACUACCACAGCAGCUCCGGAUCUAACUAAUGAAGAAGCAAUUUAUGCCAAUUCCGAUAAUUUGGCUGACUACAUCGAAGACACGGGUAUUCAUGCAAUCGCAUUGUAUGAUUACCAAGCCGCUGACGACGAUGAAAUAUCCUUUGAUCCGGAUGACACUAUUACCCAUAUUGAAAUGAUCGACGAAGGCUGGUGGCGCGGUUUGUGCAAGAACCGAUAUGGCCUCUUCCCAGCUAAUUAUGUGCAAUUGGUGAAUCAACAAGCAUGAAAACGUUUAUUUGGUUUCUAAAAAAAAUAUCUUUAAAACGGAAAACUGAUGUGCUUCAUUCAGCUCAAGUAGUCUGUAUGAAUUGUUGGAUCUUUUUUAAAAUAGGUUUAACUUCUACUAAAACAAUUAAUGCUUCCUCCAAGAGUAAAAACUUAAAUCAAAAACUAAUAACGAAACACUACAGAUUUAAGCACAUUUUAGUGUCGUUAAUGUUAUAAAUACUGAUUUUUCAUGUUUCGUGUAUCAUCCCUAAUCAGUAUUUACCUCAACUGCAUAAAUGCAACGAAUUGUUUUUACAUUAGUGUUCUACACAAAUUAUUGGUUCCACAUCGAGUUCUCAAAGUAAAAUUAUUUGCAUUUUGAGCAACAUUCAUUUUAUUUUUUACAAAAAAAAAAUUGUAAAUUAAGUUUAAAAUUUGUAUGUUUGUAUUAACAUACCUACAUACAUGCAAUAAAGAAGAGUGGAAUUCUGACCGCGAACUUUUUUUUGCCGAAUUCCAUUUGCAAAAACAGUUGUGACGAACAUGUUAAACAAGCUAAAAACAUUGCCAGUAAGCACAAUUUUGAAGCGAAAUAUAAAAUAUUAAAAAUAAAAUGUUAUUGCUGCAAAUAAAUAGAUUUGGCAGAUGCGUUUGUAAUUCAUUAAACUAAAAAGUUUGAAAUCGUUUUGAAAAUAUUGUAUUGUGGAUUUUACAUUUUUAAUAUGUAUGUAUGCAUGUGAAUGUUUCUUGUUAACGACUUAAAUGUUACAAGUAGUAUCUUUGUAUAAAAUAUUAAAAUAAAUAACUCACAAACUGGGCGAGAUUUUUGACUGUU